AAAAGUUGUUUAAUCACAAGACUACAAGUUUAAGUCUUCUUUUAUAACAAGCACGAGCAUCAGACGAAGGGUUCUCUCCAGUUCUGCCCUCCUCUUCUGGUGCGAUUCUGCUAACGUUUGGGGAUCCUAUUCGCUUAACCGACAUGAAUCCUGAAUAUGAUUAUUUAUUCAAGCUCCUUCUUAUUGGAGACUCUGGUGUUGGCAAGUCAUGUCUUCUUCUGAGAUUUGCUGAUGAUUCAUAUAUUGACAGUUACAUAAGCACUAUUGGAGUAGAUUUUAAAAUACGAACUGUUGAGCAAGAUGGGAAGACCAUUAAACUUCAGAUUUGGGACACUGCAGGACAAGAACGAUUUCGGACAAUCACCAGCAGCUACUACCGUGGGGCACAUGGGAUCAUUAUUGUCUAUGAUGUGACAGACCAAGAGAGCUUCAAUAAUGUCAAGCAGUGGCUCAGCGAGAUUGAUCGCUAUGCCAGUGAUAGUGUUAACAAACUUUUGGUUGGAAACAAGUGCGAUCUUAAAGAUAAUAGAGCUGUCUCAUAUGAAACAGCUAAAGCAUUUGCUGAUGAAAUUGGCAUCCCUUUCCUGGAAACAAGUGCAAAGGAUGCUACGAAUGUGGAACAGGCAUUCAUGGCCAUGGCUGCUGCAAUCAAGGAUAGAAUGGCAAGCCAACCAGCCAGUAAUAAUGCAAGGCCUCCAACAGUGCAGAUCAGAGGACAGCCUGUUGCCCAGAAAAGUGGGUGCUGUUCUUAGCCCCCAGUGUUAUUAUUAUUUAGUCCCAUUUCAUUUGGUCAGCCUCUCUUUCUCUGAUGCGUGUAAUGAUGUAAGAUUUGUUUGUUAUUUCACUAAGUAGUGGAUCAAUGUCAUAGAAUUGAAUUCCUUGUGGUUUGGGAACUGACCUGGAUGAUCCCAUUCUUUAGUAUAGACUUUGCUGAUGGUUAUGGUUUGUGCAAAAUAUAUUUUAUUCAGGGAUGGUAAUAUACUGUGAUGAUAAUAUUCUCGUCCUUUAAAUUGCAAGUUGACACCUUUUUGCUUUU